CACUUAAAAAUGAGAAGUGGUCUCUAUAUAAAGAAACAAUCAUAGCAAGUUCAUAGCACUAAGACAUUAUAUAAAUUUAUUUCUUUUUUCUUUCUCAUGGCUGCCUUUACCAAUCAUUUCUCCUUCAUCUUCCUCCUUCUUACCCUCAUUUCUUUAUUGCAAAUCCAUGCUAGAGAAAGUCAAUUUUUUAACAAAAUCUCCAGCAACUACAAUGCUGAAAAAAAGACACAAGUAGUUUCCAACAAAGAACAAGAACCAAACUUCUUGUCUGAAAAUGAAAAUAAUGGGUAUGGCAUAUAUGGUCAUGAAUCUGGUCAACUUCCUUCAUUCACAACCACUACUAAUAAUAUAGAAAAAUCCUACAAAGAAAUCAAUCCCACCACCACCCCAACUAAUAAUAUUCCCAAUAGCAAAUACCUUUCCCAGAAUUACAACCCUGUGGCUUAUGUCACUGUCCUAAAGGACGACGAGAACUACAACAAUAACAAUGAGGAGUACAAAAAUACGGGCAAUAGUAACAACAAAAACAAUAACAAUGGGGAGUACUAUAAUGGUGGCAAUACUAACAACAACGAAGAGUAUUAUAAUGGUGGUACUACUACUACUAACAACAACAAUGAGAAGUACUAUAAUGGUGGUAGUACUAACAACAAUAACAACAGGGAGUACUACAAUGGUGGUAAUACUAACAACAUGAACAACAAUAACGGGGAGUACUAUUAUAGUGGUAGUACUAACAAUAUAAAUAACACCAACAUGGAGUAUUACAAUGGUGGCAAUACUAACAACGACAAAAAACAGUACUAUAAUGGUGGCAGUGCUAACAACAAUAACAACAACAACGUGUACUACAAUGGUGGCAGUACUAACAACAAUAAUAACUAUAACAACUAUAACAACAACAAUGAGCAGUACUACAAUAGUGGCAGUACUAACCAAUACAAUAACAACAACAACGAGGAGUACUACAAUGGUGGCAGUACUAACAGCAACAACAACAACAACAACAACGAGGAGUACUACAAUGGUUACAACAACAGAAACAACAACGAGGAGUACUACAAUGGUGGCAGUACUAAUAACAACAACAAGGAGUACUACAAUGGUGGCAGUACUAACCACUACAAUAACAACAACGAGGAGUACUACAAUGGUGGCAGUACUAACAGCAACAACAACAACAACAACGAGGAGUACUACAAUGGUUACAACAACAAAAACAACAACGAGGAGUACUACAAUGGUGGCAGUACUAACAACAACAACAAGGAGUACUACAACGGUUACAACAACAAAAACAACAACGAGGAGUACUACAAUGGUGGCAGUACUAAUAACAACAACAAGGAGUACUAUAAUGGUGGCAGUACUAACAACAACAACGAGAAGUACCACAAUGGUUAUAGUUUUAACUACUACAAUAACAACUACAAGGAGUACUACAAUGGUGGCAGUACUAACAACAACAACAAUAACAAGGAGUACUACAAUGGUGGCAGUACUAACAACAACAACAAUGAGUACUACAAUGAGAAAAUGCCUUGAACUUUUUCGAAUAGUUAAAAUAAAAGUUAAAGUGAAUAAAAUCAUGCUAUAUAAGUUUUAAUAAUCAUUGGUGUUGUCUUUCUCUUUUCUCACAUGUAAAGUUAUUUGUUA